AUGAACGCAUCAAAAAGAAGGGAUUUAUACAAGCCUGUAAACCUGGAUUCCUCGUUUGUGAGGAAGUCCAUGUUAACCAACCAUAGACAGUCGGAAAGGUCGAGACUUCUAGAGGCAUCCAGACAAUCAGGUUAUGAUGGCAAAGUUUUAUCCUUUAAAAAUUUGAAUGAGCUUCUUAGCGAGUUGAAGAAGUCGAUUGACUCGAAUUCAGCGGAUGCAACCAUAGCUAUACUUGGGCAGCUUCUUGGUAUUCUCAAGUUUGACCUAGGCGAGUCUGAAGGCGCUGGAGUAGAGCUGCUGGCUCAAUGUCUAUCUUCAAAUAAUCACCAAAUUGUCCAUCUUGCAAUUUCCUGUAUUUUAGAAAUCGUUGACAAUAAUCCUGGGACUGUGAUAUCCCAAGAAUAUAUCGCAAAGCUUGCUGCGAUCUUUGAGUCCUGUACAAAACUUGUACCAACUAGUGCGGAUCAAAUUUUUGUAAACAUUUUAGACUCGGUCUUGAAUCUCUUCAUUAUGUCAGGAUUUAACAAUUUUGACCUUAUAACUCCGUAUGUUUCAAGUAUAGUAGACCAUGGUGUUAAAUUGCUGCAACAAACGAAACCAAGUCUAUUCGUCAAGACAUUUUCCGCAUUUUUGUGUGUAAUACUUGAAUCAAAUACAGCAGGGACACAGUUUCAUGAUAUGUUUGCUCAUUACAGAUGUCUUGAUAUACUCAUCCAGAUUAUAAAGGAAAAUUAUUCGAAUAUAAACAAGAGUUUUGUUUCCACUGAAAGGACCAUGCUUGGAGACAUUUUGUAUGCUAUAUUUUAUUUUAUAAGUUCAAGUUACAAUACUACCUACGAAGACUACCAAAACGUUGUCUACAUUGUCCAAACAUUUUUAACGGGACUUGAAGGGGUAAAUAUCCAACGGGAAAGUUUUAUUCCAGUUGACGAAUUCAUUGUAAAGAUGGAUUCAACUUUUGCUGAUGUUUUGAUCCCGCUACUUCAGAUUAUAUCUCAAUGCACUACCUGUAAAUACCCUGAUAUCGUAAACUCUUCGAUUUCGAUACCGAACCUGCAGAACAUUCUGAGGAAUUGUUUCAAGAGUCCUCAUAGGAGCGUGAAACUGGUUUCGUUGUAUUUGUGUACGAUAAUGGCAGAGGGUAGUGAUCAAGUUAUCGAGUUCACCAUUGCUUUAAUUCCAGACAUCAUAGAGAUACUAAAAUCUGAAGAGAACUACGAUAUUAGGCUGGAAUCUGGAGUUUGCAUAGUGAGUAUCUACCGCAAUGCUCUUUACAGGAAACGUUUGGAUGCAUUUAAAUUUCAGAUUUUGGAUGGAUUUCUAAAGCUUUUCAUCCAGUGCAAACAUGAUUACACUACAGUUAUGGUUUCUUUGGACUAUUUUGAGUUGUUUUUGAACAUUGAGCCUACUGCAAUCGAGAUGCUAUACGAGAAGAACAUCAUUGAGAUUCUGGAAUCGGCCGAAUUCUUACAUGACGACAGUGUCAGGCUUCGGAUAUCUAAAUUUGUCGAGAAUUUUGACACUAUAGAGCCCGAAGAUUCUUAA